AUGGAGAUUCAACGACGAACGAUUUCUCCAUACGACUUGACCUCGAACGACAAUCCCGGAAGCAUCAUAUCACGUCCUCUCUUGAGAGGAGAUAACUACGAAGAGUGGGCCAUCAACUUGGAGACGGCUCUUUACUCACGAAAGAAAUUUGGAUUUCUCGAUGGCUCCAUCAAAGCCCCAACCGAAGGAUCACCAGAUUACGAUGAUUGGAAGCCAAUCAAUGCAUUGAUUGUCUCUUGGAUUAAGAUGACAAUCGAACCGAAGCUGCUGUCCAAUAUCUCACACAAGCCACUAGCACGAGAUUUGUGGAAACACAUAAGAAAGAGAUUUCGUGUUACCAACGGACCUCGAGUACAACAAUUGCGCAAAGAACUUGCAAAUUGUCAACAAGCUGGGAUGAGUAUUGAGGCAUACUAUGGAAAGCUUACGAAGAUUUGGGAUUGUCUUGGAUGUUAUCGACCUCCGCUGAGCUGUACAUGUGGACUUUGCACAUGUAAUUUCGGUGCCGAAGAAGAGAAGAGAAGAGAGGAAGAUAAGGUUCAUGACUUUGUGAUGGGACUUGACGAAGAAGUUUAUGGAAUGGUGAAAUCUAACCUUCUUUCUCAAGAACCGUUGCCUACGCUUGAGUAUGUUUACUUGAAGGUGACACAAGAUGAGGAUGCUCGGUUGAAGAAAAAGAAUCCAGAAGAAAAAUCGGAGAACAUGGCAUUUGUGGCACAAACACAAAAGCCAAAGUAUCGAGGAGAUGACAGAGACGUUGGAAUUGUCUGUUCAAACUGUGGACAAACAGGACAUCGAUCUGAGACUUGUUUUCCAAUCUUGGGAUUUCCGGAGUGGUGGGGUGAUAGACCACGAAACCAUGUGGGUCGUGGAAGAGGAGUUGGACCAUCAACCGGGAUUUCACGAGGAAGAGGUGGAGUUGCUCGUGCAAACGUGGCAAGAGCAGUUGGACAGACCAACAUUGGAGUGGCAAACGUGGCGGUCACGGAUGCAGACAGAACAGCUGUGUGCGGACUCACGAACGAACAGUGGCUCAGUGUUAAGCGUGUGAUGAACGCUGCGGCCAUCGGAGCGGACGAACAAUCAUCGGGACCGCACUAUGAGGAUGCUGAUUGGGAUAGGAGUAUAACUGAAGAUCCUUUUGCUGAUAAUGCACAUGCGGCUCUCACAAUUGAUGAUGAUCAAGGAGGUCUGGUGGGAACUGAUCCGAUGGUCGUAACUAGUGAAAAUACGAAUGUAGUUCUUGAUAGAAUUGAAGUGUCUCUGCCACACACCAGCGACAUUCCUGCACAGGAACACGUCACGGCUCCUUUGCGUGUUGGUGAACGGGAACGCAAAAAGCUUGGGUAUCUUAAAGAUUAUGAUACCAGUUUCGUUUGUGUAGACUCCGACAAGCCAUAUCCUAUUGCAGCUGUGGUUUUGUGUAGUCGGUUCUCUGAAAAUCAUAAAGUGUUUCUGGCCGCGAUCACUAGUGCGCAUGAACCACAAAGUUUUGCAGAAGCAAUGAAAGAUGAUCGAUGGAAAAAUGCAGUGGGUAGUGAAAUAGGUUCACUUGAGUUAAAUAAGACAUGGACACUUGAAGAUCUUCCAAAGAACAAAAAGGCAAUUGGUUGUCAAUGGGUGUUUCGUAUAAAGCAUCGUUCCGAUGGGACAAUCGAACGGUACAAAGCGAGACUGGUGGUGUUAGGAAAUAGACAAGUUGCUGGAGUAGACUAUGGUGAAACUUUCGCUCCAGUUGUUAAAAUGACUACGGUUAGAUCCUUUCUCUCUGUGGUUGCAGCUCGAAACUGGGAAGUCCAUCAGAUGGAUGUACAUAACGCAUUUCUUCACGGAGAUCUCGAAGAAGAAGUGUAUAUGACGUUGCCACCUGGAUUUCCUUCACGCAACGAUGGUAAGUCAUUUGCGGAUUAUUCUCUUUUUAUCUACAAGAAGAAUGGAGUAGAAAUCAGGGUACUUGUUUAUGUGGAUGACUUGGUCAUCACGGGAAACACAGUUCAAGCGAUAGAAGACUUUAUAAAAUAUCUCAGCACAUGUUUUUACAUGAAGGAUUUAGUUGGUCCGUUUCUCUCAAACCCGGAACAGUAUCUACGUCUAGUUGGUAAAUUGAUUUAUCUUGGUGUUACUAGACCCGACCUAGCAUACUCGGUGAAUAUCUUAUCAAAAUUUAUGAGUGCUCCGCGAAAAGAACAUUGGGAAGCUGCUAUUCGAGUUCUUCAUUAUUCGAAAAGCAGCCCAAGCCAAGGAAUAUUGCUUCGUGCGGACAGUGAUCUUCAAAUUUAUGGGUGGUGUGAUUCCGACUAUGCAGGUUGCCCAAUGACACGACGAUCUUCGACUGGUUGGUUUACUCAGCUCGGACAGUCACCAAUCUCUUGGAAAACAAAGAAACAAGAUGUGAUGAGUCAAUCUUCUGCUGAAGCAGAGUACAGAGCAAUGGCUAUGACGACCAAGGAGUUGAAAUGGCUGAAAAACCUCCUUUUAGAUUUGGGUGUAGUUUUGACGCAACCGAUGCGGCUUUACUGUGAUAAUAAAGCUGCUUUACACAUUAGUGCGAAUCCGGUUUUUCAUGAAAGAACCAAACAUAUCGAAAAAGACUGUCACUUUAUCCGAGAUGAAAUCAAGUCGGACAACAUUGCCACAACUUAUGUCUCCACAACAAUACAACUUGCGGACAUUUUUACAAAAGCUUUGGGACAACGGGAGUUUGAUGAGUUUCGGGACAAGGGGAUGGCCAUUGGAUUCUCCCAAAUCGAAGAGUUUUGGGAUCGGCUCGUGAAAUGA